AUGUCGCCAAGAUCUCUUUUCGCUGCUCUCGCAGCCGCCCAAGGCGCUCUUGCGUACCCUUGGGUCGUGAAUGCUCCUGGUGUGGACUCAUCCAUGCUGCCACGAUCCAGCCGCCUUAAUAUGCCACGAGAUGGUCCAGACUGUCCUUUCAAUGCCAACCACCAGCCAGCUGCGCCAAUCACCUCGCAGUAUCCAUACAACAACGCAAUCAACGGCAAGCAAGGAAACGGCAAAGGAGGAUACUUGGUGCCAGAUCCAGAUGACACCGCUCACCAGUACCAAGCUCCCAACCCAAAGACCGAUAUUCGAGGACCAUGCCCCGGUAUAAACACCAUGGCCAACCAUGGCUUCUUGGCUCGCGACGGCAUCACCACUUACAACGAGCUGGUUGAUGCACAACAGAACGUCUACAACGUUGGCUAUGACCUUGCAAAUCUGCUGGCCAUUGCCGGCGUCGGACUCGACGGUGAUCUCGUUGGAACCACCAAGCUCUCUAUCGGAUGCGAUGCCACUUCUCGCACAGCUACUGCAGGCAACGUACUCGCCGAUGAGCUUGGGUUGAACGGCCACAACCAUUUCGAGGCCGAUACUUCCCUCACUCGCAAUGACUACUUCUUGGCGAAUGGCGACAAUUACAGGUGGAACGCAACUCUUUUCACGCAGAUGAUGAGUUACUGCCAGGGCAACUGCAACCUCGAGCACUUGGCCCUCUACCGAUACGCCAGAUACAAUGCAUCCAAGGCAGACAAUGGCAACUUCUUCUUCGGUCCUGGAUCCCUGCUCUUGUACGGAGCUGCGUCCUUCCUUUACGAGCUGUUCCCAACUGCAGGUGGCACUGCUGACGAGGCCACUAUGAUGUCCUUUUUCGGUGCGGACAAGGUUGAUGGCAAAUACGUCUUCAACGGCGGAGAGCGCAUUCCACCCAACUGGCGUGCCCGUGUCGACCCAUACGACAACAACAAGGUCGGCAACCAGAUCAUCUCAAUGUAUCUGCUACACCCAGUACCAUUCGGCGGAAACGUCGGCCCAGGCAACUUCAACGGCUUGAACUACAGCUCCUACAUCACCAACGGCAAUCUGAACCAGCAGACCUCAUCCUACGCCAUGUGCUUGAUCUACCAAGCACUGACCGGAGGUUUCCCAUCAGAACUUGGCCAGCUGGUCAACAUUCCUGUCGCCGUUGAGAAUUCUAUCACUUCCAUGCUUGCACCAAUGGCUCAGAACUUCGGGUGUCCGCUUAACCACAACUCUGGAAGCAGCGCUUCUGGGUCGCAGUAGAAGCAUGACGAUUCUUAUAGCUUAGGACUAUACCCAAAUUAAGCCUACGCGCUAUUCU